GGUACCAGUAUUUUUACGCCCUCGCGGCCUUCGAGGGGCUGGAGCUGCUGACGCGGACGGACAGCAGCGAGGCGGUGGCCGCCGCGUACCACGAGGCCCUGGCCGCCAUCCAGCGCCGUGCGGCGGAGGGCGGCGCCGAGGGCUUCGAGGGGCGCCUCCGCAGGGCGAUCGCCGCGACGCUGUCGGAGCUCGGCCUCGACGCGGAGGCCAUGGGCCUGAAGUUCAAGGUGGUGGUCCGCCGCGCGCUGUGGGCGGACAGGCCCCUCAGGAACGACGCGCGCCUUCCGCGUCGCCUCUGAGCUCGAGGACGGGCUGUGGGCCUGGCGGCGGCUGGACGAAGCUCGCCGAGCGGCCAGCAGGUGCGGGAGCCCGCCGUGGGCCGCGGCGCGGGAGACCCGGACGGGCCGUGCGGGCGCUCGGCCAGGCUCCGGCGCGCCUACCUGCGGGUGGUGCUGGCGUCGCAGGGCUCCCGCGGGCCGCGGGCGUGCAGGCUGGCGGAGCUGGAGCGCAGGCAGCGGGCGCACCAGGAGCUCGCGGGGACGCUAGGCCCGCAUGCUGCGCGAGGAGCGCCGGCAGCGCGCGGAGGCCCGGGGCCUCCGAGAGCGAUGGGCGCUCGAGCGCCGCCAGGCGCGGCGGGUGCGCAGCGGCCUCCGCCUCGCGGCCGCCGCGGAGCGGGCCGAGCGCUCCAUCGCGCGCCUGCUGACCAGCUGGGCCCGCGCGCCAUCGCAGGAGAGCCCCACGUCUGCUGCCGCCGAGGCCACCGGCAGCAACGCCCGCGGUGUGGGCUGCAGUAGGGAGCGCGGUGAGUGCGCCCGACGCGCUCGAGGUCGGGCCGCGGACUCUGGCCCGUCCGUCGAGGCCGCCGCGGCGGCGCGCCGAGCAGAGGUGCCGGGCAGCAGCGGGGCGCGCGCGGCUGCCGCGCGCGGGCCCCUGGCGACUCGACGAGAUCGAGCUGCAGGCUCUUCCUCACCUCUCUCAG